AUGCAGCUACUCGAUCUGCCACCGGAGCUCUUCGAGAGGGUUGUCGCCGCCUUUGCGCGUGCAGCGCCCUUCCAUGAGCUAAUCCGACUGCGCGCCGUGUCCCGUACAUUUGCCGGCGACAUCGACAAUGAACUUCUUGCGAACACGUCUGUUGCGGACUUCCAUAAUCGGUACCAUCAACGCCAGCCGAUCCCUGUUAGCCUUGAUAUUCAUAACCCUCUACCUCCUCUGCAUCAGCUAUACGUUAUAUCGCGUUAUAACAAGGAUGAUGAUACCGACUCGAUGGGUACGCUCCCAUCUGACAUUAAGGGCUACCUUUUGAGCAACAUCGAAACCUAUCUGCUCAAUCACAUCGGAGAUACAGAUAUCAUAGCCUCUGGACUGCCGAGUUUCAUACACAAGGUCACGAAUAAGCUCAUGGAGUUCGCUACAGCAGGCACUGAUCGUUCUGUUCUACGACAGGACUAUUCGAAGGCACUUAUCCAUGGUUUAGUCCUUACGAACGAAGUUGCCCCACGGACUAUGUUCGAAAUAAAACCAUUGCCGUUGGACUCCGUCUUUACAUCAAUCUUCAGACCCGGUUCGCGCAGCAUAGCGGAAAGGGAACGGGACCAUCUCAACUCCUCACAAGAGAACGUCAAUGACAUGCUGGCAGCAGCAGCUACAGUAGGGAGUCUCGCAGCUGUUCGUCACUACAUUUCGCAAUCUGCUGAGGUUAUUGAUUGGUUCCCCAAAUACUUUGCUGGCUUUGGUAACCCUUUAACCGCAGCAGCCUGCAGUGGAAAUGUCGAAGUUCUUGAGUGUCUGCUCAUAGUAGUCAACAAUGAGCUCACGAAGCGGCGUUUCGCUCGGAUACAGCAGGGUCGUACCACCUGUUGCGGUCCACUCACAGAGACUAUCACUUCCGCAAUAAGAUUCGCAGUUCGGACCGGAACACUGAGGGCCGUUGUCACACUGUUUAAUUUCUUGCCAAGAUGCCGCGUUGAGAUACCAGCGCAUAUGAAGUCCCGGUCACACUACCUUGCCGAUGCCAUGAGGUGGGGACAUAUGGACUUGUUCAUAUGGCUCAUGGACCGAUGGAAUCCUCUAAUCGCCGAUCUGCCCUAUUGGAAUGCCCUGACUGCAGGCUUACGCCUUGCGAUCAAAUAUGGUCAUAUCAACAUUGUGCGAUACGUCUUCGACAAAGGUUUGGUAAAUCCAGAUGAUGCGGACGUCAACACUGUGCUCAUCGCUGCCACACACGGUCAUCGCGCUAUCAUACAACUGGCGCUUGACCGAGGCGUUCAGCUUACGAUGCAGGACCUCAUCGCGGUGCUGAAUGGAUCACUUCCCUUGCUCAUCACCCAAUAUCUUUUGCUUCACAACGUUCCACUCACGUCUGUGACCAACGAGGAAGAUGGAAGGUCCAUCACUACUUCCAUCGUUCCUAUAGUCGAAGCGCUCUGUCGAGAAUCUAUCCACAUUCCUUUCGGCGAUUACAACGAGGUUCGGGGCAAGGAAAAGGUGCUGGCGCUCAUACUCUUGACGAGCGAGAUGAGACGACAAAUUCCAGAGCUGACGUUGGACAACUGUGUCGAGCUCAAGAAGGUGUUCGAUAGGCUGGUCAGGGAGUGUCUGGGCUUGCCAAGGGGGUCAAUUCCGUAUCUUAAGAUGGUUGAAGAGCUGCACAGCUGGAUGGAGUGGGGAGACGGACGAGAAUGGGCAAAUUGUGAAGUCUAG